AUGGUGAUUUUCCUUGUAAAAAGAAAUGACGAGAAUCAGUUUUUAUAUGAAACUGAUGUUGAUAAGGAGGUCGAUGACAUUGUCAAAGACAUAACAGCUAUUUUCAAUGGACGUUUGAAAGUGACGAGGUUGUGCUAUGAGAUCGAGGAGCUGCAGAAACAUGGGACCUUCUUGCCUCUAGAGAUGCAGGGGCUGACUGAUGAACAGAUCAAAGAACUAAAACUGGAAGAUCCGUGGGCACAGCGCUGUGCCCCACCAGGUCACGUCUUCGUGAAGGAUGACAUGGGUCGCCGAUGCGGCCUCGCUCCCCCUCCCAACAUGCAAGAAGUCAUCAAGAAAGCUGCUGAGGACGCCAAAGAGUUUAUUAGUAAGAAACAUGUGGACCAUCGCAAAUGUUUGACUCAGAAAGACGUAGCCAGAGCCCUCGACGAGCUCCGUGGUGCCACCAAGAUCGUGUUCCCUGGUGGUCUACCACCACACGACCCAGUUCGAAUGGAGCUGGAUAACGUGGAGGAUCUUACUGGAACCCACGCUUCCACUGAAGUCAUCGACCCAUCCAGAGCCUGUCUUUGGGCGUGUGGAAAGAAGCUCAUUAGUGGGAAUAAACUGAGGGACCAUUUAGGGAACAACAACAAAACUAAGGUGACAGUGAAGCUCUGUUCUAACUCCGAAGGUGCACCAGGCAGGGAGCCAAUCAUGAGCGAGGAAGAACGCAAGCAACUCACUCUCCACGCCUAUAGAAAGCAGGAGGAGUGGAAGAAGUUAGAAGCAGAUGAAGACGACAGCUAUAUGGACUCCAAGUGGGCUGAUGGACAGAACAUGAAGAGAUACUUCCAUGGCCUUGAAAACAUCUCCUGGAAACCCACUUUCAAGAAGUAG